UCUAUAAAUCCCAGCAAUCUUCCACUUCCACUAUUUUUACUGGUGUUUUGUGCUUCUAAUGUCGACGUCUGCAGAAGGAAAUGGAGCUAUAAUUGAUCCUCAGAGGCAACAACAACAACAACAGCCUUCUGGGGUUGGUACAAAUGGUGCUUUAACAGUGAAAAAACCGCCGGUAAAAGACCGGCAUAGCAAGGUUGAUGGUAGAGGAAGACGUAUAAGGAUGCCAAUUGUAUGUGCUGCAAGAGUUUUUCAGCUUACUCGUGAAUUGGGUCACAAAUCCGAUGGACAAACUAUCGAAUGGCUGCUUCGUCAAGCUGAGCCUUCAAUUAUAGCUGCUACUGGUACUGGUACUAUUCCUGCUAGUUUCUCUACUGUAUCUGUAUCGGUACGGAACUCAACUGCAUCUCUUGUUUCAUCACUCUCGGCUCCACUUGAUCAGAAAUCAUCACAUAUGAUUUCACCGGCGCCGUUUAUCCUCGGGAAACGCCUCCGGUCAGAUGACGAAAACCUUGAAAAUGGGAAUAAGGAUGAUGUGGCUGUAGCUGCCGGAGCUGCUACUGCUGUGGGUCCCACAGCUGGGUUUUGGGCUGUUCCAGCUAGGCCUGAUUUUGGUCAAAUUUGGAGCUUUGCGGCGGGGCCUCCACCAGAAAUGAUGGUGCCGACAUCCGCUGCGGCCGCGGCGGCGUUAAGUUCGCAGAGUUCUAGAUUCUUUCAGCAGCAGAUGGGAGAGGCUUCAGCUGCUAGAGUUGGAAAUUACUUACCAAUGACUCAAGGGCAUCUCAAUUUGCUAGCUUCUCUAUCAGGUCCUCCACAGCCUUCUUCCGGGAGAAGAGACGACGACGGACGCUGAAGAUAUGAAUAUUAUUAUUGUUAUUGAUAUUGUUAUUGUUGUUGUUGUUAAUAUAUCGUAUAAAUGUGUUUUAAUGUUCUUGAUUGUGUUAGAUGAGAAAUUUGUUGCUAGGUUCUAGUGAGUGAGAAAUGAACUAGGGGUUUGUUCAAUUUCAUGAAUUAUUGCUAGGAUUAGGUUUGUUUGCUUUAUCUCAUUUGUCAAGAGUUUACGUUCACCGAGUUUUGGUGUUGUAAGCUGUGUGACGAUAACACGAAACACAAGCAUCAGGGGAAGUUGUUGCUUGUGAUGAAUUUGGUGGGGUUUGUUCUGUUGUUUGCAGACCUCAUAAUAAGCUGCUUUGAUCACUUUGUAACAAGAGAUAAUAGGGGAUCAGUGUGGACUAUGAAAACCUGUAGUUCCACAUGAAUGUUUUGUAAGGAAACCGUGGAGGUUUCCGUUGAAUUUAAUUCUGUAAUUUGUUGAAACUAUAUCAGUUGUGAGCUUAAACUUUCCUACUCAAAAGAGUGCUAUGGACUUUAAUUUAUUACUGAA